AUGACUGACACUGCAGACAUUGGGAAGCAGGUUCCAUACGAAGUUGAAAAACUAUCCGAUGAGAGCCUGGCUCUUGAUGAUGCCGUCCUCCACGCCCAGGGCCACCGGCCCGAACUCGCCCGGUCAUUUUCCUGGUCGGAAGAAGUCCCUUUGGCUGACUUUGGUAGUAUUGCCAACUCAUGGUUAGGUUAUGGAGCAACAUUCGGAACGCCCCUGGCGUACGGAGGUGGUCCGACCACGCUGUUUGGGGUCAUGAUCGCGGCAGUAGCGCAGUGGGUUGUCUUGCUUGGACUGGCAGAGUUGUGCUCUGCAUUGCCUUCUUCCGGGGGCCAAUACCAUUUCACCUAUAUUCUUGCUCCGUUCCGUUUCAAGAAGUUCGCCGCAUAUACGGUCGGUAUCACCAAUGUCAUCGCCUGGUGGGUGAGUGCAGCUUCGGGGAUCAUCUAUACAGGGAUCUCGGCAUUUGGCAUAGCGGUGUUCUGGUACCCCGAUUUCCAGCACGAGCGGUGGCAGAUAUAUUUGUGCUAUGUGCUGGUCGUCAUCCUGACCGUGGUUCCUGUGUUUGCCGUGCCUCAGAAACGCUACGACUACCUGACUAAAACCACGUUUACCUUGUCCAUCACCGGUUUACUCUUGAUCUUGAUCGCGGUGCUUGUCACGGGAAGGGGUCGUUACCACCCCGAAACACUCACAACGUACCAAGGGACCAGCGGAUGGUCACCAGCUCCGGCAUGGUUAUUAAGUAUUACCAUGGGACAAUACUGCUAUGCAGCGAUCGGAGCGGUAACACAUAUCGCGGAGGAAAUGCCACGACCGGGUCGAAGAAUCCCUCUUGUGAUCAAUCUCGGUGUCCUCGUCGGUGUUUUGACCGCCGUGCCAUGGAUCACGGUCAUGCUUUGCGGGAUCCAGGACAUAGACGCAGUUCACAAUGCCUUUAUCCCGAGCAUGGAGAUCUAUUACCAGGCCACUGGAAGCAAGGUAGCCGCUACAGCACUACAAUCUUUCAUGACAUUCCUGUAUUACACCUGCGGACCAAGCCAAUGGAUAACCUCCAGUCGAAUUGCGUGGGCAUUCUCCAGAGAUAACGGUCUUCCUUUCUCGCACUAUUGGAAUUACAUUGACCCAAAGUUCAAUAUCCCCGUGCGCACCACGUUCCUCUCGGUUUCGUUCUGUCUCCUAUAUGGCCUCGUCUACAUUGCCAGUACAACCGCUUUCAACUGCAUCGUGAACAUGUCAAUACUGUUCCUGAACAUCAGUUUCACCGUACCCCAGGCCAUCUUGGUUACAGGAGGACGGGACAAGCUUCCCGCCCGAUCCUUCAAUCUCGGUAGAUGGGGAUAUGCCGUCAACAUCUUCUCGGUAUUAUGGUUAGUCUUCAGCGGGGUAUUGUUUUGUUUCCCGACAAAGCUCCCAACAUCAGCUGGCUCCAUGAACUAUGGGUCGGCCGUGUUAGUGGGUGUAUACUUCCUCAUCAUGAUAUUGUGGCUGGAGCGGAAAAACAAAUUCACGGGACCGAAGAUCAACUGGGAGGCUUUGAACAUGAGCAACAAACUGGCAUAG